AUGUUAGCUUUAUAUCUUUUCUUCAAAAAAUCAGAUCCCUAUUGUGGAAAGAAUGGCUCGGAGACUUCAAGAGAAAUCAAUGUGUUGUCCAGAUGGAGAGAAUAUCAAUUGCCUGCAAGGUUUUCACGUGAUACACUUGCAAAUGAAAUUAUUCCGGAUCUAAGUAUUUUUCUUCGAAAUGUUGAAAUCUACGUUUGCGCCUCGCUUGUCAACACAGAUGGUUGGCUUCGCUUUGAGAAAACGUCUUACAUUUCACUACUAAACAAUAAUGCUUCAACUCCUGCACAAACUAUUUCUUCUUCUUCUUCUUCUUCUUCUUCUUCUUCUUCUUCUUCUUCUUCUUCUUCCAACGCAUCUGUAUACGUAAUUAUCUAUCUAUCUAUCUAUCUAUCUAUCUAUCUAUCUAUCUAUCUAUCUAUCUAUCUCAGCUCUGUUCAUAUCUAUUUCAUUCUGUUUAUAUCUAUCUAUCUAUGCUGUUCACAUACAUACAUACAUACAUAUCUAUCUAUCUAUCUAUCUAUCUAUCUAUCUAUCUAUCUAUCUAUCUAUCUAUCUCAGGCUAUCUUGCUAGCAAUGUUCUGUGUAUAUGUGCAUUUCUUCAUAUCUAUCUAUCUAUCUAUCUAUCUAUCUAUCUAUCUAUCUAUCUAUCUAUCUAUCUAUCUAUCUCAAAAAUUUUCAUAUCAUAAUAUCUAUCAACUUAUCUAUCUAUCUAUCUAUCUAUCUAUCUAUCUAUCUAUCUAUCUGAUAACCCCUAAAUUGUUGACGCACAGCUUUUCUGCGGCGAAACGCGUCUUUAAUUUUAAAAAAAAUCCAUUUCGUUUUAUCAUCACUUUUGUUUCGGAUACUAUUAUACACCUACAUACACACGAUAUAUCUAUCUAUCUAUCUAUCUAUCUAUCUAUAUUCCUUAUCUAUCUAUCUAUCUAUCUAUCUAUCUAUCUAGGUAAAUGUUUCUUGUCUAUCUAUCGAUCCACAUAUGUUCCUUAUCUAUCUAUCUAUCUAUCUAUCUAUCUAUCUAUCUAA